AUGUUGGAUAUGGGUUUCGAACCACAGAUUAGACAGAUUGUCGAUUUAUCGGAGAUGCCAGAGAAAGGAAAGCGUGUAACGGCGAUGUUCUCGGCGACAUUCCCGAAAGAGAUUCAGGUGUUGGCACAAGACUUCCUGAUGCCCAAUUAUGUGUUCUUGGCGGUCGGUCGUGUUGGCUCAACAUCCGAAAAUAUCAUGCAGAAGAUUGUUUGGGUGGAGGAGAACGAGAAGAAAAGUUUCCUGAUGGACUUGCUUGAUGCUGGAGGGGUGAAGAGUUAA